AUGAAAAAAGAGUGGAAGCUUUAUGACCGAUUAAUGAGGCUUGAAACCGGACUCGGUGGGACGAGAAGCCAGAUAGAUGCAUCGCCCGAGUGCAAUCCAAACGGAGAAAAUGUGGAAGGCAAAGGAGAUAGUGAUGAUAUCAAUUUAGAUGAUGAUGUUGAGCCGCUUUUUCCUAGUUUCCAUGAAAGUAGUUCAAGUAAGAAGAAAAGGUCUAAGCAUGUUUCCAACAACCGUUCAACCAAGAGUAAAAGUUCAGUUUUCGAAGAAAAAGUAGAUGCUUUGUUGGAUGUCAUAUCAACAAAAAGCACACAAACUUAUCCACAAAAUAAUCCUUCGCCAACAAUAGCAGAUUGCAUGGCCAUUGUUACCAAGUUUCCCGAUUUUCGUGAAGGCUCCAACGAAUUUUCACAAGCAUUGUUUGUGUUCACCAAAAAGCAAAACCGUGAAGCUUUUAUGUUUCCAACGACUGACGAAGCCAAGAUGGGGAUGGAUAGUGAUGAGUCUAAUUCUUCUAAUGAUAAUGAAGAAUGGUGGGUGGAAGAGGAUAGACAAUUUAAAAUGUUAUGUGGAUUAGCUUUAAAAGGUAUAAUACUAGCUCGUAACGUACGUAUGCCAUGUCACACUUCAGACCGCACAGGGAACAUGUUUAUUAAUGAAGUACUAAAUGGACAUCCUAGACGGUGUUAUGAGAUGUUUAGAUUGCACGUACCGGUUUUUAGACAGUUAUGCGCAGAUCUUGCUACAAAUUACGGGCUACAACAAACACGAAAUAUAUCUAUUGAGGAAUCUGUAGGAAUAUUCUUGAUGACGUUGGCUCAUGGGUGUAGCAAUAGAUUUGUGCAAGAGUUUUUUAACCAUUCGGGGGAAACAAUUCAUAGGCAUUUCCAUACAGUUUUGAAAGCCGUGCUAAAACUGAGUGCCGACAUCAUCAAGCCAGACGCAAACUAUAAUGAUGAUGUUCCUGAAUAUAUAUUAAAUAACCCUCGGUAUUACCCAAUGUUCAAGGAUUGCAUUGGUGCUAUAGAUGGGACACACGUUAGGGCAUCAGUUCCACAAAACGAGGAAGCGAAGUACAUUGGUCGAAAGGGAUAUGCAACACAAAAUAUAAUGGCUGUUUGUGAUUUUAACAUGUGUUUUACAUUUGUAUGGGCCGGUUGGGAGGGAACUGCACAUGACACAAGAAUUUUCAAUGAAGCCCUACAGAGAUCAGAUCUUAAUUUUCCAUAUCCAACUGGUGAUAAAUAUUACGUUGUUGAUGCCGGAUAUCCAAAUACUAGAGGGUAUCUUGCUCCAUACAAAGGCACAAAUAUUCGUUAUCAUUUACCGGAUUUUCGACGUGGACACUCGGCUGCUGUUCGUGAACCUCGUGAACCGAAAGAGAAAUUUAAAUAUCUCCACUCAUCAUUGCGGAAUAUCAUUGAACGAACUUUUGGAGUAUGGAAAGCUAGGUGGGCGUUAUUAAGAGACAUGCAUGUUAAUUACAAGUAUAAGAACCAAGUUAAAAUUGUGAUAGCAUCGAUGGCGAUCCAUAACUAUAUCAGAAAGUUUGGUAGGUUUGAUGAAGCGUUUAAUAGGGCACAACAAGAAUCCUACAAUCCCAUACGAAGUGAUACUAGUAGUGAAGUUUACGAAGAAGGUCCGAGUACACGUCGCACGAGUGGUGAUGAUUUAUAUAUGGCAACGAUACGAGAUAUUAUUGCACAAGAUAUAAACAUAUUGCGAAGACGAAUGUAA